AAUCCCCCUAGCAACCUCAUACUUGUCUUGAUCCUAGCGCCUGUUGGGUUUGUGAGCACGCCCAAGAGUGGGAAGAGGACCUGCGUUAAGCUGGAAGCGCCGUAGAGGAUCCAUUUCACAGGAGGGGUUUCAGACGGACGUCGUGCCCGGGAGCCCGGAAGUCUUGCAGCAGGAUGGCUGAGUUGCUCUUCUGUGAACCAACAGAACUCUAUAACAUCUUGAAUCAGGUCUCAAAACUGUCCAGAUUAAGUGAACCCAACUACCUCUGUUUAUUGGAUGUUCGAACCAAAAGAGAAUAUGACGAAAGUCACGUGAUCACAGCCCGCCGAGUGAAGAAGAAGGAGGACCAGUACCUCAUUCCUGAGUCUGUGGAACUGGAUUGUGUGAGAUACUGCAUCGUGUACGACAGCAACACCAGAACCCUGGAGCUGUGCAUGAGAUGCAGUGAGGAGGAGGAUGAAGAUGAUGACAAGAAAUCUGGUCAGCAUAUCCCAGAACUCUUGCCUGGACCAGCUGUGGAGUUUGGCAAAAUCCUGAUCCACCUCACCCGCCAACCUGUCUACAUCCUCAGAGGGGGCUAUGAGUACUUCUCAGGCUUGUACCACUUCUUCCGGACCCAGAAGAUCAUCUGGAUGCCCCAGGAACUGGAUGCCUUUCAGCCAUACCCAGUUGAGAUAAUGCCAGGCAGGAUCUUCCUGGGCAAUUUGAGUCAAGCCUGCAACCGUAAAAUGCAUAAGGACUUGAAAAUCAAAGCACAUGUCAAUAUCUCCAUGGAGACCACACCAUAUUUCAAAGGUAAUGAAGACAAGCUCCUGCAUAUCAAGAUUGAGGAUUCUUUGCAUGCCAGCCUUCUCCCUUUUUUCCGCCACAUCUGUCACUUCAUGGAACUUCACCUCCAGCUCAGCUCUGUCAUCCUGGUCUUUUCCACCCAGGGCAUCAGCCGCAGUAGUGCGGCAGUUAUGGCCUUUCUUAUGCAUCACAACGGGGAGACCUUGAAGAGGUCCUGGGCCCACGUCAAGAAAUGCAAAAACAACAUGCAUCCAAAUCGGGGUUUGGUGUCUCAGCUCCUGGAGUGGGAGAAAAUUAUUCAUGGAGAUUACAUCACAGACAUUAUGGACCCCGUUUACUGAAUUUUGCCUCAUCCCAGCUUGGGAGUUUUUGGGAGGUUGGAGGGCCAGAGUUUGUACUUGGGUUGGUUUGGAAAAAGAAAGCGUUUUCUGUCUGAAG